AUCUGUAAAUUAUAAAACUAAUUACGUCUUGUAUAUUAUAAAAGAGCUUUUGUAUAAAUAUCAUCAUAAGAAUGUAAAUAUAGCAUUUAUGUGGGUUCCUUCACAUAGAGGCAUAACGGGCAACGAAAAAGCUGACAAAGCUGCACGUGAGGCUAUAAACAGUAUUGACGUUACAGACUCAUUACUCGUACUUUUCACUGACUAUUUUCUAAAUAUUAAAGAAAAUAUUUACACUCUGUGGACGGAAUUGUGGAAGAAAGAUCAGGAAAACAAGGGAAAGUGGUAUGGAAGUAUACAAGAUAACCUGCCUGUUAAACCAUGGUAUGACAAAUUGAAAACUAGUGAAAGUCGAGAUUUCAUCACAACAAUAAACAGAUUGAGAUUUGGCCAUAAUACUGCGCCGUCACACCUAGCAAGACUUGGCAUUGUUUCAAAUAGCCAAUGUAUACACUGUCAAGCAGAAGAAGGGACGAUCCAUCACAUUAUUUUCGAUUGCCAAAGUUUCAUAAUUCAAAGACUUGUGCUGGCUAGUGAACUUAGUGAUACCAAUGCAUUUAAGUGUGUCUCUUCUUCCCGCCCGCCGCCACUUAACUUUUUACUAAAAGAUCCAACAUCCUAUAAACCAAUUUAUAAUUACAUAAAAAAUACAAUUCAAACAAUUUAAAUGACAAAAUUUAGUGAAGUGAAGUGUAGUGACCCCAAAGCAAUGAACAUUUUCCAAAUAAGAUAUGACCUAAAGGUCUUUGUCACCAGGUCAUAAAAUUAAAAAAAAAAAAAAAAA